GCUAAAUGCGCCAGAGGUGUGCAAAUUUAGAAAGUGAAGCUCAUAAUCUGGGCUCUUAGUGGCCCCUCUCUUCGCCCUCGGCAUAUGUCAGGCUUCGGUAAUAGGGGCAGAUGAACAGCCGCCCUCGGAGAGGUUGACGAAGAUUCCUCCUUCCUUGGCCAGGAUUUUUCUUUUUCGUUUCUUAUCACUGUUUUCCAAGUUUUGGCACGGAGCGGCUGAAGAUGGGUUUUGUGAAUAGCUUCAUACAUCUCACGUUCCCCCUCCUGUGUCGUUGCGCUAUGCUCAUCAUCAGUUCCUAUUCUCUACUACUUUGUCAAUAUGGCAUGAUCAUCCCUAUUUCCGUGAUUCUCAGUCACAAACCGUUAUUUUCAAUACGCCCUUUUCUUCAACACCGUCAUUAUCCUCACAACCCGCUGUGAACCGGCCGAGUCGCCAAAGCCGCCGAAUCGGCACAGGUGAUUCACUCACCCGCUGGCGCUGGCUUCGUUAUAUCGGUCUUCAUUUUCGUCUUUGCUUCCUCUCCUUCUUUCAACCUACGCCUCAACAUAUCGAACAUAUACGACUUCUAUUCCUCCAGAGCGUAUUCAUCCACCCGGGCUGGCCCCAUCAUUCGAGCUGAUCUUUCAUAACAUUCACACCACGACCACUAUCACGAGUUGCCACGAGCGUAUUUGGAUUUCAACAGACAGAUACUUAUUCAUUUAUCGUUACAGAUUCAUGCUGGGUCGUGGUAUCCUUUCUUACAUUCAUUAUUUGUGAGAGCGCUUGCUUCGACGCAUUUUUUAUUCAAAGAGUCAAAGUCUGGUUCUAUUCCGUUCAAGGAAGAUAUUGAAAGAAUCACUCGAGCGGGCCAAACCACCAGGAAGUUCUGAUACUGUUAUCAAAGAUGGUUGGCACGCAGAAGUGGUCGAUGGAGGAGAUUCUUUGGGUGAUUACGAUGGUCAAACAAGGGUUGAAAGACGAAGAGAUAUAUGAGAAAUUCUGUGGGAUAUUCAAGAACGCAAGACAUGUCAGAGGAGCAAGCAGUAUCAAGUACUGCAGGACUGGAUUUAUGAAACAGGAAGAGUACUCUCAGGAGAAGUACUGGGAGGAUUCCCCCGGGAAGAUAGGAUUCGUCCUUGGCCGCUAUGACGCUGGCGUCUAUAACGGCCACCAGGUCGUGGCUGAUGUAAUGCACCAUUUCCCAGCCCAUAUCUGGGUCCCGCAUGUCAAGCCAACGGCCAGAUUCUCUGGCUAUACUCGAGAAAAUCCUCUCGUUGAGCCUGUCCUCUGUCUCACCAAAGACGGGGUAUCACCCGGGGAGAUCUUCAGGACCGCAAACGAGAAUGGAAUUAGCCUUGAUGAUAUAUACUAUAUCAUGGCCAGGUUUUGGAUGGAAGUGAAUCCACGCCCAACUGCUCUGGACAACUCAACAGCUGGCGCAAGCACAAGCCAAGCUGCUCCAGCAAAUGGCAAAGCAAGGCCACUCAUUUUUGAGCUACCUCCACCGGACUCGAACAAGAAAUCCACAGCUCAUAUGUCUCAGCACAACACUCAUCGUUCCUCCUCCGACAGAAAUUCACAUUUGCCUCCUCACGAUCACGGAUAUGAGUACUUCAACGGGGCGGGGCAUCAGGUGGCAUAUCCUGGGGUGCAAACGGAUUUGGAAACGUCUUUGUUGAAUUCCGGAUACCCACAGCAGAUAUCAUCUGGGGCAUCGUCUCAGGCACAACUACAUGAUCUCCAACGCCUUCCUCGGCCAGGACUCUUUCAGCCGUCACAACAGCAUGAUAUGAGAUUCCAGUAUCCACACAUACCCCAAGAUUGCCAACUGCAGCUCCCGAUGGCACCACAGCGCUUUGAGCAGCGGAAUCUUUGGGGAUACGCCGGAGAGUACCCAAGUCCAACUAUUCAACAAAACAUACCUGGGCACUUCAAUCAGCAAAAUUGGGGCUAUGAUUCUACCUUUGGAGGGCAACAGAUAGUACCAGAACAUCCUCAAAGUGGUUUCGGGGGCUAUCAACAGCCUCCUGGUCAUCUUGGCCAGCGGAACUAUGGCAGCUUGUCACAACCAGGGCAGUUCUCAUACCAGGCUCUGCCAGGUCAUAACCUAUCGCAAGCCUUCUAUCAGCACCCUCAGGUUCUUACUCAAGGACGCCAGCGGCCUGAUAUUCCAGUUACAGGCUAUGAGAAUAUUGACCCUGCUUUACUGGGAAUGGACACAACCCAAGUGUCACGCCCGGAUAUCGGCAUCACGACCCUCUCCCAGCCUCUUUUGACCCCGCGAAUUGCUCCUCGGGAUUUUCUGCAUCCCUUUGCCUAUUCAGGGAUCCAGAGCGGUCAAGACGUGUCUCCGCUAACAAUUGAAAAUCCACAGUUUCUGGUUACUCUACCACCAACACCGGAGGUGGCGCAUGAUGGAGUUGAGCACAGAGGACAGUCAACGAUACCCGACCCUUUUGCUCAGAGAUCAGUGCUGACGGAACAGGUUCAAUUGGCACUUGGGACUGAGUUGCAUCAUUCCAGUGGAACGAGCGGUUUUGAUCAGGAUACUUUUGAUCAAACUCUCACGUUGUCAAGUGAAACUAAUGAUGCUACCUUUGGACAUGAAAACUCAAGUGAGUCUAUACAUUCCGUGUUGGGUAUCCCGAGUCAGCAGGGAAAUCAGAAAGGGGAUGGAGAAGGUUCAAUUUCUGAGCAGGCAGGCCAAAACUUCUUCCAAAGCCCAAACUCCAUUCUUCAUACUACAGUUGAAGAAACGGUUGCGGGCACCCCCAACACUAACCAAGAACCGCUUGCCGAUGUUCAACACAUGGAAUUGGACAUUUUUGACGAGGUUGCCAAAUCUGGGGAGCUUUUCGAAUUGUUCCCGGAUCUUCAGUAUCAAAAUCUUCGGGGGUGUAACUUCAAUUACGAUGGGUCUAUGAUUGGAAGUGGUGUUAUUGACACUUUCGAAAAUGACUCGUCAAAAAACAGCCUUGAGGCAAAUGGUCUACAGGAUAAAUGGCCUUGUGAUAACAAAUCUUCGUUGGAAGCCAUGGAUGUCUUGGGCAGGAAUCUGGAAACAGAGAUGGCUGGCCCAUUCCUUACCCAAAACUCCUCUGGGUACAACAAUGAUUCCGGUGGAAUUCAGAGUAGCGACCCUGGAGCGUUUGAAGACGAUUGGGCACCGGAAGGGACUUGUUGUGCCCAUCAUCGAAAUUUCGAGUGUUACUUUGAGGUUCCGGAUUCGGACGGUGAGAGUGCUACUGUUUCAAACUUUGAAGCUGGUGUGGAUUUUUCUUUUUACACUUGAUUUCUGUUGAGGUCAGGCACGGAGUUUGAACAAGUGAAUGGAUUACGCAAAGCGGA